AUGAACGCUUUUCACGACUUAUGGCCUACUAUAGUUCGGCGUAUUGUUCAAGGAGAUGGGCUUGACAUAUCUUUUCCUAAACGGUCUAUUGAGGCCUUAGUAUCUCGCACCGAGAAACAUGGCGGGGGAAUAUUGAAUGGCUUCAACAUAGGUAUUGAAGGUAUCCAGCUUGCCAUAUCCGUCCUAUGUUUCCUUGCAUUUUCGUAUGUUCUGGGACAUGUAUUCCUAAUCUUGGCUUCCGUCGAAACUGAUGCCCCUGCAUCUUAUACUCAAGUACCCGGCGGGGUGAUUGAUGAAGCUGAGGGUCCCAAAGACCCAGCCGAUGAAGAGCAUGACAUGUCAACGCGACCAGUCACUGGUAGUCUUCGUUCUACCUAUCGCCGUCUACUCUCCAUCGGUGGCAAGAAGUCCCUUUUUCGAGGGCUUUCCUGCUUCGUAGCCUACGGUCUUGCUAGCUAUCCGAUUGGAUUUCUUCUCGGUCUGAUCCCAUUCGUGCCCGGGAUAGUCUCCGCGGGCAUUGCAUCCCUAAUCACUAUGCAGCUCCACACGGCAUGGACGCACAUCGUUAUUUCGGAGCCCAGCGCGGAACCAUUCUGGCGUCGUCUACCGCGGUUCGAUCUUGUGCUUCGCGCUACUGCUAUUCCCACUGUGAUUCUCGGUAGUAUUACGGGAUUCGAGCAGGUGGUAAUUAGAUCGAUAAUACUUAGCGGAAUUGGACUUACACCGAUCGGCCCCUUGCUACUCCUGAUUUUUCACGCAGUAUAUACAUUCAUCGCUAUCGUCCCGGCCGAGGCCGUCCUAGCUCGCGUGCAGGCUUCCCUCCUCCCCGAGGAAGACCGGCCGAUUAUCUCGCUAGACGCGGUGUUCGAUCAGCAGAAAGCCGAGGGCAAGGAGUAUAUCUCUACGCGGGAGGCCUACCAGUCCUUGUCACGCGCCACGUGGAAAAGACUGUAUAUGUUACAUGUCAAGUACUUUGGGCUUUCCUUACUAGUGUUUAUUCUUUGGGGGGCUGUUGGGUAUGUGGGAGCCAUCAUCGCCCGCAAAUUUCAUGUAGCUUAG